UAUGAAAUUAAAAAGUUUAGUAAAGAUAGUAGGAAAUUUGUGAAGCUAAAGAUACAACUCAUGAAGCAUUAGUUCCAAUUUCAGGGUUUUAGGUUUUACAGAGCUGCCAUGGAAGAAGCUGAAGCUGUAUUGGGAGAUGGAGUACAAAAUCCGAGGAUACGAGGAAGACAUAUCAAGAAAAGAGCCCUCAAGAACAAAGCCCUAACUGUUUCUUUCGAUGAAAAAGACCUCAAGGAUUUUGUUACUGGGUUUCAUAAGAGAAAGAAGAAGAGAAGAAAAGAUGCCCAAGUUCAAUUGGAACAAGCCCUACGGAGAAAACGUAUUGAGGCUCGUAAAAAGAGAAAGGAGGAGAGAGAAUUUGCCAUCUUUGGUGGAGCAGCGCCUGAUUCAGCUGCUGUAACUGAUGAACCCGAUGAGGACCUUGACGUUGAAGAGGAAAAUGAGCCUAAUGCAACAGUCUCAGGUACUACAACAUAUGACAAUGGCGAUGUGCAAGUCAUCGUGACAACAAGUGAGAUCUCUCGUGAAGAAGAAGAAUCCCGAGCUCAAGUGCCACCACCAUCAGCAAUAGUUCAACAUGCUAUAGAAACUAAAAACAGCAAACAAAACAUUCCGGUAAGUAAGAAGAAACCAUUCAAGAAAUCUGCAAAAAAGAGAUCUCGACCCAAGCCACAGAGUAAGAGAGAUAAGAGGAAAGGUAAAAAGAAGAACAAGAAGCAGCAGCAGUAGCAUUGUUAU